AUUUCAGUACCAAAAGCGGUAACCCCGAGCUACACUCGGGCUUACCCUGAGGCACUGCUCCGGCAUGUGUUCUUCACUUACCUUACCCUGCGCUCCCACGAUGUGUCCCCUGCAGCGUCCCCCGGCCAUCUCCUCCGGCCGAUGCCGGCAUCCGGCUUCUGUGUCCUGUCCCUGUGACGUCGGGACGUACGGGCGCCGCAGCCGCCGGCGGCGGGAAAUUUAAAAAAUUUUAAAAAAUGUCAUUUUUUUUUUUUUUUUACAUUUUACCUAUGCUUUGUCCUGCGCCCUGCCUGCAUUUUGUCUGUUCUUUCUG